AUGGACGUGGUGUAUGUGAGUGAUUGGGAGAAACAUGACCAGGUCAGGUCCUACGUCCUGCCCACUCCGUAUGUCUGCUCCUGGUCAUGUAGGAACAUCCUAGCGUUUGCAGGACCUGUACAGGGUCCGUGGACUGACCCUUCACUGGUCCGCCCUAUCCAUGUGGUUGACCCUGACCGACCUUGGGACGUGCACAGCUUCAGUACACAGCAUGGAGAGGACAUCGUGGCGUUAGAGUGGGACCCAUCAGGCACACAGCUGCUGUCUGCUGAGAGGUUUGGUGAGGUGAAGCUCUGGUCCAUGAAGGACUACCUGGUGAAUGAUUGGCACCUGGUGACCUCAGUUGACCUUGACGGAGAGGAGAUCGUGACCUUGCAGUGGCUCCAUGUCGGAGGUCGUCUGACCUUGAACAACAUGAACAUGAACUCUACUGUCUUCAACGAGAAAAUCACGCACCAGAGUUACACGCCGUCUCUCUCAGAGUUUGGAGGGAAGGCCUGUAACGGCUGGGUGGCUGUAACAGCGACUGGUAUGGUGUAUAUCACUGCACUGAGCAAAGAAGGAACGCCGACAACCGUUAGCGAAUGUUUGGGCAACGUGCGUUCUCGUGUUGUGGUAGCGGACGCCGCAUUCACCGUGAAAGGUUUCGUGAUCAUCGCGUUGUCGGAUGGAAACAGCAUGUCCCCGGUGAAGUUUUACAAACUAAAGCUGAGUAACGCGAAUGAGAAAUGCACCAUGCACAUCGAACCUUUGCCCAGCUUCUUCCUACGCUGCGCUGUGGACCCCAACAAGAAGGACAAAUACACCAACGUCACGCACGUCAAGUUUGAGCAUCGGGAAGGUGUAGAGCAGGUUGUGGUUGUUGUAUCAGGGACCAACUCCAGCACCAUUGAGGUCUGGGGCCUGAGGAAUGAACCGGUCACGCUCCAUAAGAUCUUCCAGCCUGCUGCUCCUGCAGGGAAACAGCCCAUGGCGGUGAAGUGGGGUUCCCUUACAACCAUCGCUGAUCGACCGCUUGUUACAGCACUAGCCGUACCCAAGUUACCGGUGCAAUCCAGUAACCUGAUAGAGAGUAAGGGUUAUGACACAAAGUUCUUCAACGGCAGUGCGCUGGCAAUAGCAUUCCAGGAUGGGAACAUCCACUUGGUACAGAGAUUGACCCUGCACACGCUGGCGAUGUUCAGUCUGGACUCGUGGCAGCGCGGUCUGGAGGAGACGGUUGCCAAGCGACAGCGCCUCUCGCUGUUCCGCUACCUCUCCUGCUGCGAGCUGUCCGGUACCUGCUGCGGCAUGAUGGGAGUUGACCCCGGUGGUCGGCUGUACGUGUUCCGCCUGACCCCGUCGCUGACCCAGAACGUUGACCCUUCACUGCCGAUCAGACACGUGGUCUCACUGCUGGAGUACUGUAUGCUAUCAGGUUGGGACUGUUGGGAUGUGUUACUAGUGGUGGCACCAGGGAUGGUAGAAUCUGUGAUUGACAAGUUGACAGACAACUAUCACCAGCAGAACCCUGCGCUGCAGCAGAUCCACCUCACUAGGUUUGUGGCCAUCAAGGCUGCGCUGUACAGAUUGACCAAUAACGGUGGAGGAAAGUCAGCUGAUUGUUACGCCAAGCUCCUGCUGAAUGCCAUCUCCUCGUCUCUGAAAGCCCUCCUGCGACCGACACAGCUCGGGAGUCAGGAUCGUGGUCCGGCAGAGAAACUUGCUGUUCUCUGUAGCAAAAGUACAGAGACAGAUUUAGACAAGGUCAUGAUAAACCUGGAGACGAAGGAGUUUGUGAUCGAGCCGGCGACGCUUCAGUCGCUGCAGCAGCUGAUCCAGUGGGUGGGCGACUUCACGCUAUACCUGCUGUCUCUGCUGCCCACACAGCAAGGUAUGCCAAACCGAGUUGGGUCCACCCUUCUUCGUGACGCCCAGUUUCUACAGAUGUUACGAGAACUCCUGGUCAUGGUUCGCAUCUGGGGCCUGAUCAAGUCCAGCUGUCUGCCUGUCUUCACGGCGACCUCGGAUAACCUGGACAGCCUGCAGCUGCUGUUCAAGCUGCUCACCAAGGCAUGGAUGUGCGCCAAGGAGGAGAGACUCUCCAUUGACUGGGAUGACUCGUUAGUUGAUGAGUGCUGUCUGCUGCCCAGUCGGAUGCUGGUCCCUAACCUGGACUCUCCACCCCCCGCCGAGGGAAUAAUGGCACGACCCCAGAGCAAACAGCCAAUCCUGGUGCAAGUUGGGAAUGCACCCAGCCAGACCAUGCCCCACAUGAUGUCCUACCCGUCGUCUGACCCGAUGUGGCGCUCCGGAGGUGAACACCUGUCACACGACGUGGUGCGCAGGGUACACCUGGGCGUAUCACCUGCAGAGGACGUCAAGCAGUGCAGCAGGUGCUCCUCCACCUCCCUACUGAAGUCCUUUGCGAAGACGUCAGCCCAGAAGGCGUGGGACCAGCGGUGGGCACGGCAGUGUCUGUGUGGCGGGCUGUGGAGGAAAGUGACAGAAGAUGACGACUGACAACCGAAAAAUCCAGAACCAUUUUUAUAGAUUACUGACAGUAAAAAGUGGAUGCUACUUGAAACGUCUGACAGUUUUAAAGAUACUGUACAUCCAAUUGCUUCAGUGACUGUUUCUCAUUACCUGGAUGUCUAACCUUCACUGAAAUAACUUUUGUUGUUUCUGGUGGAAAGUAUCAUAAGGUAACAUUGUAACUUCCAACACAAAAGAAUCAGUAUUUAUCGAACGUUUCUGACAAUGAAAAGUCAGAUUUUGUCAAAGAAUAAAUCCAUGACUGAGUUCCUUCCACAUAUCAUGGACACGUGGCUCAAAACUUGAACUUCAAGACAUUUCCAUUCAUAUGAACUUGGCCAAUUCCAUUCUCCUAACAAAAAAAAAAUAAAAUAUGUUUUAGUGACGCUGA